AGCUUCCUCUCUGUCCUUUGCUGCAUGCAAAACCAGCUGCGGUCGUCUUGCUGUGUGCAUCUGAACCUCAUCAUGCCUUUCUUGGAUUUAGAUACCAACCUUCCCCAUUUACCAGAAGACUUUGCUGAAAAGCUUUGUGCAGCUGCUGCGACAAUUCUCGGCAAACCUAAGGAACGAGUCAAUGCAACUGUGAGGAGUGGCUUGUCAAUGGUGAUAGGAGGCUCAUCAGCCCCAUGCGCUCAACUGAUAAUCUCUUCCAUCGGAGUUGUGGGCACGGCCGAGCAGAACAAGGAGCACAGUGCUAAGUUUUUUGAGUUUCUAACACAAGAACUAAACUUGGCACAAGACAGGAUUUUACUACGCUUUCACCCUCUGGAGCCUUGGCAGAUAGGAAAACAUGGAACAGUUAUGACCUUUUUGUGAUGCCUUCAUCAGUCCACAGUGGGACCAUCUCCUAGAACCCAUUCCUGCCUCUUGUUUCAUCGUUCCAACAUAACAUCUAUGACUUCAACGUUAUGCAAUCACUCAUCACUUUCUAAUACUGGAUGUUGGAAGGAAUUAGUAGCUGUAUAAUAAAGAAUAAAGUAUGGUCUA